UCCCGACUCUGGCUGGCGGCGGGUGUGCUCGUAUGUGCUCUCCUCGGGGCAUGGGUCUGGUGAGCCAUGGAUGGAUAUAAAAUUACCAGUAGCUGGGUGAUGGCCAGAAAAUCCUGGCUGUUGAUAGUGUUGUGGAUGGCUGUUUCUCCUUCAUCAGCAGACACAGGAUUCUUGGAGUCUAUAGAGGUCCAGCCAGACCCCACAGAGUCUCCCUCCACAGGUCCGGAGCUGAUCGUGACGCCGUCCAACGUGACGGUCGAAGUGGGCAACGCCGUCUUGCUGCCCUGCCAAGCGACGGGCGUGCCGCACCCCAAGAUUGUGUGGCACUCCCAAAAGACGGGCAAGAUCAACAAUGACCCUGCUCGACUGGGCGUGCGGGUGGACGACAAGGGCGUGAGGUGGGACGCCGUGGGCAAGGAGGCCGAGGACUGGUACCGCUGCACCGCCAGGAGUUCGGCCGGCACCAGGCACUCGCCGUGGAUCUACCUCAAGGUCGAAGCGGAGAGCCACAUCUCGGAAUACCCUGGCGGCUACAGCAUCAACUACGGGACGACGUUGCUGAUGCAGUGCGUGGCCAUGGGAGACCCUGUGCCCGAGGUCGAGUGGUUCAGGGACGGACAGCCGCUGCCUAUGUACGAGUGGGAAAACGAGGUGUUGCACGGGAUCGAGUUCAUACCGUUCAAGUCGUACGCUCGCUCCAAGCUGACGGUGAACGCGACGUCGACCGCCAACUACACGUGCCUGGCGAAGAACGCGGUGCAGGGGCGCCUCACUCAGGACGCGCGCACCUUCACCGUCUCCGUCGUCCACCCCGUCAGCCCGGUGCGGCGACCCCUCGGCUACUGCGCCCCCUACAACGGGCGUGUGUGCCAGCAUCACCUGGGCGGCACGGGGCUCGUGUGGUACAACAUCACCUCGAUCGACAGGGGCGGCUGGCUCAACGAACACAUCACCCGCGAGCUGUGGGCGGAGAUGAUCGACAACUUCCGGGAGCCCUGUCGGACCGCCGCCGAGAGGUUGCUGUGUAGAUUCGCCUUUCCCGAGUGCCACCUAGAAGACGGCUACCAGGUGGGCCUCCCCCUCUGCCACGAGGACUGCGUGGCCGUGCGGAGCCUCUUCUGCGUCAACGAGUGGCUCCUCAUCGAACAGAACAAACAGGAGAACCGCAUCUUGAAGAACAGGAACCACUUCCGGCUUCCGGACUGUGACCAGCUGGAGAGCCACGGCAAUGGAUCGAAGAGGGUCUGCUCGCACAUCGGCCUCACUGAGAUCGACCCCGACCAGGUCACAUACAACUGCCGGAAGGGUCGCGGGCGCUGGUACUUCGGCAAACAGAAUACAACCAUGAACGGGAUUGCCUGCCAGCGGUGGGACUCGCAGGAACCGCACAAGCACCAUCGGCCGCCCGCUGUGUUCCCCGAGAUACAGGACGCCGAGAACUACUGCAGGAAUGCCGGGGGAGAAGAACCCUACCCUUGGUGUUAUACGAUGGACCCACUCAUCCGUUGGCAACAUUGCAGCAUUCCUCUCUGUGCAUCAGACAAUGCUGUGCUGGAGGGCGUUCAGGGACUGGAGGAGGAAGACACAGACAUUGUUAUCAGUCCUUGGAUGAUGAUGAUAUCAGGAGGAGCGGGUCUAGGCGUCCUGCUGCUCCUCGCGCUCAGUGCUCUGCUUAUACACAAACUGGUUCAUGCUAAACGGGGCUAUUCGGCACCUACUACUCAGGAGGCAGACAUUGAUUUAACAAAAUUACCAAGUAACUCUGCCUACCAUCAAACUUGUGCUCAGCUGAACCCCAAACUAGAGAAGCUUCAGUACGACAGGAAUAGCAUCAUAUACAUACGUGAUCUUGGGCAAGGAGCCUUUGGCCGUGUUUUCCAGGGCAAGGCACCCGGUCUGGUCACUGGUGAGGAGCUUACCAUGGUGGCUGUUAAAGUCCUGAAGGAAGAGGCAUCAGAGGACAUGCUUGGGGACUUUGAGAGAGAAGCUUGCAUUCUGGCAGAGUUUGACCAUCCAAAUAUAGUGAGGUUACUUGGGGUGUGUGCUGUUGGAAGACCUAUGUGUCUCCUGUUUGAGUACAUGGGACGUGGAGACCUUAAUGAGUUCCUCAGGUCAUGUUCUCCGACUAACUACAUUGUAAGGUCUUCAAAUGGGGAUACUUUUAGUGAUACAAAACUUAGCUACAAGGAUAUGUUGUGGAUUGCUACCCAGAUUGCUGCAGGUAUGGUUUACUUGUCAGACCGGAAGUUUGUGCACCGAGAUCUUGCAACAAGAAAUUGCCUUAUUGGUGAAGACAUGACAGUUAAGAUAGCAGAUUUUGGUCUGUCUCAAAAGAUUUACAUUGCAGAUUACUAUAGGGGAGAUGACAGUGAUGCCAUCCCCAUUCGCUGGAUGCCACUAGAGAGCAUUUUAUAUAAUAAAUACACUGUAGAGAGUGAUGUCUGGGCCUUUGGGGUAUGUUUAUGGGAAAUAUUUUCUUUUGCACUGCAACCAUACUAUGGAAUGACACAUGAAGAGGUUGUUUGUUUCCUGAAGGAGGGAGGAAUUCUCUCAUGUCCCGACCACUGCCCUCCCGAGGCUUACUCCUUGUUAACCUGGUGUUGGCAGCGGCGGCCACAUGACAGACCAACCUUCCCCAUCAUUCAUCAGAAAAUGAAAGACCUGAUGGCAGGUCGUCCACUGAAUGUACCCAUCCCUCCCCCAAGUUCAUCUAUGUCAGGCUCAGCCCCCGCCACCCCACGACCAUGCUCAUGUGCCCCAGAGCAAGGGGUUCAGUCUUCAUAAGUACUUUAUUCAAGACCAACUUGUAGUCAUGAACCACACAUCAGUGAUUUUUUUUUUUUUUUUUUUUUUUUUUUUUUUUUUUUUAAUCUAUUGAAAAUAGCUGCUGCUGUUUGACUAAAAUUGCACUGUAAAUACAAAAUUAUUUAAGAAAACAACUAUAUGUGAUUGGGAUUGAUUAGGUCUUGGCAUGAUUUAAAUAAAAGGUAAUAAUAAGUGGAGAAAUAAUAAUAUGGUAUAUGAAAUAUUUUAAAGGAAAAUGAUGAAAGCCAUUCUUCUUGGUCAAGGUUUAUUUCCCAGUUAUAAAUAGUUGUGCAAAGGGAACAAGAGGGCCAUAUCUGUGACACAAUACAUGUCACAGUUAUGAAUACUUUGCAAAAAUUAAAUGUGUAAUUUCUGUUUGACAUAAUUCUCAAAUCAGCAGAAUUUAAUUCACUGAAGGUGUGUUUGCACAAUAUUCUUACAUGAAUCAUAAUUAUCAUUGUAAAUAGUAAUUUUAAGUAACAAUGACAGCAAUUUAGCUGUGACUUUACAAAAGCACAAAUGAAACAUGAUUAAAAUAAAUUCUGAUGCAACAGGACCAAAAGAAUAUGAAAAAAACUUUUAUCUUGAAAAUGAUCCUGGUCUUCAAGCAUAACUUGAAGUAAUGUCUUUGGGGAUAGUAGUGAUUUUUUUUUUUUUUUUCGGUUAUUUACAUUGCUGAGAGACUGAAUUUUCCAGUAUAGAUCCAUGAUGUCAGUAAUAUUACAAAGAUCUUUUAGCAAAUUUUGAUGUUCAUACACAUAAUCCAAUCACAGUAAUAUAAUCAGAAAAAAUAGCCUGAAGGCUUCACAGAUGUAGAAACUAAGGUUUUUAUGUAGUAAAACCUGGAAAAUAACUAUUUUUUCUGCAUUUAAUCCAAAUUUAUGAAAAGCUUCAGGAGCAUUCUAGUGGGAGCCAGAACUAGCAUAUAAGAAGGAAGCUAAAUUUUAUUAUGGUUGCUAUAGUCUUUUUGUUGCAAGGUUUGCAGGUGCACAAAUGAAUAGAGUGUGAUAGCAAAGUAAAGAAAGCAAUCUAAACAGAUGGAUAUGAUUGGAAAAAGUUAUUUUAAUUGUAUAGACAGACAAAUUGAAAAUCUCAUGUACAGCUUAAUCUUAAGGAAUUAGCUUUCAGAUUAGCAUUUUAUAUGGCAGCAAUAUAACCACAGGUUGGCUUGUGGUGAAGGGACUUUUGCACAUGCUUGUUUAUGAUUUAUCACAUUGUAUUGGUAAUCUCAUUCAUCAAAAGAAAAAAAAAUGGAGAUUAUUAUAUUUUCAGCAGCCGGGAGCUCAUGUACAUCUUUUGAUUCACGCUUACGUUGAGUUGUGCUUAUCAGAGCUUUUUAGCAAUCAUGAAAAUCUUGUCAUUGCUAUCUCAUUUUGCAAUAUUACAAGUGUUCUUUAUGAUUAGGAUGUAAGGAACCUAAUGACAGUUUUAAAGUAGUAGAAAAAAUGUGUGAAUUUGUAUAUUCUUUUACGACUGAGGAUUCACAUCUCAGUCUGUGAAUUCUCUCUCUUUAAACUGUGAUUUCUGGGUAAAUGUGUUGAGAGUGAUGGGUGAGAAGGAGAGGAAUUGAUCCACUGCCCUAAAUACAUGCUUGAGUCAAACCAUCACUUAUUUUUUUGUCAUUCCAGAUAAGUACAUUAGUUUUCAUGGCUCAUUUAUAUUUAUAUUGUAAAGACCUUUUUUCUCAGGCAUAUAUUUAGAAGGCAAUUCAUGGCUCUAAUAGUAUAGUGCUAUGGAGGUAUUUCAUCAGUAUUAUGGGUGGAAGUGGCAGUUACAUGCUGUACUUUUCCACACGUAUUCAAGAAUCCCAAUUCCAUUUUUUUCUGAGUGAAUCUCCACUUCAGGGUCAUAUUUCAUUAAAUGUUAUUAUUUAUUUUGUUACUGAUUUUAUUAAUCAGGUCUGUCAAGUAUUAGAUAGACCACCUCUACUUGCUGUCAUUCCUUCAUAUAUAUACAACACUUAAAUGUUUACACAAUUUUGUAAAAUGUAAAAAUAAAACCAUUUUUAUAUAUAUAUAUAUGUGAAAGUAUGGAUCUUGUGAGAGAUAAUGUGCUGUACUCAUCAAAACUAGCCGUAGUUUUUUGGUUUGAUUGAGAUAUUAGUAUACUAGUCAUAUGAGUGCUUAUAGCCAGUUC